UUUUUUUGGUGCCAGGGCCGCGGCUGCCCCAGAGCUCCCAACGCUCGCACGGUGCAAGGGAUGCGAGCAGCCGCGGAGGCUGUGCCAGGAGGAGAAGCCGAGCGCCGUUGACCUGAACGUGGGGAGACGAACUCCCCGCCCGGGUCUGCCGAGUGAGGGGGAGGGGGACGGCGGCAACGCGGGGCGCACGCCGGGCGGGGCAGGGGGUCAGUGAUGACCCGGCGCGCGGGGAGGCUGCACGCCACCACCGCCGCCGCCCGGAGCAUCUGCCGCCUGAGCUGCGGAUCGCGGCCGCCGCCCGGGCCAUGGAGACACUGAACGGCCCCGCGGGCGGCGGCGCCCCGGACUCCAAGCCGCAGCCAGCCGGCCAGCAUCACCGCCACCACCACCUGCACCCGCUGGCCGAGAGGAGGCGGCUGCACCGCGCACCCUCGCCCGCCAGACCUUUCCUCAAGGAUCUGCACACGCGGCCCGCCACGGCCACCCCCUCUGCGGCCCGCGCCCCGACUCCCGCCGCUCCUCGCUCGCCCAACCUCGCCGGGAAGGCGCCGCCGUCGCCCGGGCCCCCGGCCGCACCCGGUCGCCUCUCCCGACGCAGCGGCGUAGUCCCGGGCGCGAAGGACAAGCCGCCGCCGGGCGCCGGAGCCAGGUCGGCGGGUGGCGCCAAGGCCGCCCCGGGGACCAGGAGGGCGGCGCGCGCGGGGCCCGCGGAACCCCCGUCCCGGGUCGGGAGGCCGGCUGGGGCCGAGCCGCCGCCUGCCGUCGCGAAGGGCCGCAAAGCCAAGCGCAGCCCCGGGACUCCUCCAGCUCGCACCGUCCGGCCCCCGGUUCCCGUUGCCCGGGUCCCCGCCGUGACCCUCUCGGUGACCUCGGUGGCCGGCUCGCGUAUCAGCCACACGGACAGCAGCUCGGAUCUCUCCGACUGCGCCUCCGAACCCUUGUCUGAUGAGCAGCGUCUGCUCCCCGCCGCCAGCAGCGACGCCGAGUCGGGUACCGGUUCCAGCGACCGGGAGCCCCUGCGCGGAGCACCCACCCAGACCUCCGGAGCCCGCGGGCCACCACCGGGCAGCCCUGAGUCCCCCGCGCUGCUCACGGCGCCCCCUGCCGCUGGUGCCAGUCUCGGGGGCCGAAGCAGCCCAGGAGGGGCCCCCUCAGGGUCCCCGGGACCCGGUUCGGUGGAGGAUGUUGGGGGCCGAACGCCACCGGGGCGGACGAUUCUCGGGACGCCCAGGGAGCCUAACUUGGGCGAGCAGCCCCGGCUCCUGGUGGUGGCUGAGGAAGAAGAGUUGCUGAGGGAGAUGGAGGAACUGCGUUCGGAAAAUGACUACCUCAAGGACGAGCUGGAUGAACUCCGUGCAGAGAUGGAAGAGAUGAGGGACAGCUAUCUGGAAGAGGACGGUUAUCAGCUGCAGGAGCUCCGGAGAGAGCUGGACCGUGCUAACAAGAACUGCAGGAUCCUGCAGUACCGACUCAGGAAGGCUGAGCAGAAAAGUCUGAAAGUGGCGGAAACUGGGCAGGUGGAUGGGGAACUUAUCAGAAGCCUGGAGCAAGACUUGAAGGUCGCCAAAGACGUGUCUGUCAGAUUGCACCACGAACUGGAGACUGUGGAGGAGAAGCGUGCUAAGGCGGAAGACGACAAUGAAACUCUCCGGCAGCAGAUGAUUGAGGUGGAGAUAUCCAGACAGGCCCUCCAGAAUGAGCUGGAGAGAUUCAAAGAGAGUUCCCUGAAGAGAAGAGGCAGCCGGGAAAUGUACAAAGAGAAGAAAAGUCUUAGCCAGGAUGACAGCGCGGAUCUCAAGUGCCAGCUUCAGUUUGCCAAAGAGGAAGCCUCCCUGAUGCGCAAAAAGAUGGCCAAGCUAGGGCGGGAGAAGGACGAGUUAGAACAGGAGCUGCAGAAGUACAAGUCCCUCUAUGGUGAUGUGGACAGCCCGCUCCCAACAGGGGAGGCUGGUGGGCCCCCCAGCACCAGGGAGGCAGAGCUGAAGCUGCGGCUGAAGUUGGUGGAGGAGGAAGCCAACAUCUUGGGCCGGAAGAUCGUGGAACUGGAGGUGGAAAACCGGGGCCUCAAGGCAGAGAUGGAGGACAUGCGGGUUCAGCACGAGCGAGAGGGAGCCGGCAGGGACCACGUGCCAAGCAUUCCUACCUCACCCUUCGGGGACUCACUGGAGACCUCCACAGAGCUCCGUCGGCACCUCCAGUUUGUGGAGGAAGAAGCUGAGUUGCUGAGGAGGUCCAUAUCCGAGAUUGAAGAUCACAAUCGGCAGCUGACCCACGAGCUGAGCAAGUUCAAGUUUGAGCCUCACCAGGAGUUGUCAGGGUGGCUUGGGGACAGCGUAUCUAAGGGUCCCGGGGCCAGUGUUCCCCUGCAGGAGGAGCUGAAGUCGGCCAGGCUGCAGAUCGACGAGCUGAAUGGGAAGGUCCUGAAGCUGCAGUAUGAGAACCGGCUGCUGCUGUCCAACGUCCAGCGGUGCGAUCUUGCUGCGCACCUGGGGCUGCGUGCCCCGAGCCCCCGAGACAGCGACGACGCCGAGAGCGACGCAGGCAAGAGAGAAAGCGACGGGGCGGAGGGCCGCCUGCCCCAGCCGAAGCGAGAAGGCCCCGUUGGUGGGGAGAGCGACUCAGAGGACAUGUGCGACAAGACCUCAGGCUUUGGAAGUGGAAAGCCUUCGGAGGCGAGUGAGCCGGGCCCAGCAGAACUCCUAAGAGUCCGGGAAGACCCCGAGUGCCUGGUGACCAUAAAGCAGGAGGCCCAGCGCCUGGAGCGGACGGUGGAGCGCCUCAUCACUGACACAGACGGUUUCAUCCACGAUUCAGGCCUGCGGGCCAGUAGAUCGGCCUCGCCUGGCGUCCGAGGUGAAGAUGAGGAGGGUAGUAGCCAGAACGAGCCCCCCUACUUGUUGGAGACCAUCCACGUGAAGAUGAAGGCUUUCAGGAAGGAGCUGCAAGCCUUCCUGGAGCAGAUGACGCGGAUUGUGGACGGUCUGUCGCCCUUAUCCCACCUCACAGAGUCAUCCAGCUUCCUCUCCACCGUGACUUCUGUGUCCCGGGACUCCCCCAUCGGGACCCUGGGGAAGGAGCUGGGCCCAGACUUGCAGUCCAAACUGAGAGACCAGCUGGAGUGGCAACUCAGUCAGGAUCGAGGGGACGAGAGAGAGGGCCUGAGCCUCCGAGGCACUCGGGAGCUGCACCGCUGUGCUGACGGGGAUCCCGGGAGCCACGGGCUGAGAGGCCAGAGCUGUUUCAACCUAGAGAUGGAAGAGGACCACCUCUACGCUCUGCGGUGGAAAGAGCUGGAGAUGCACAGCCUGGCCUUGCAGAACACCCUCCACAAGCGAACCUGGAGUGACGAGAAGAGGCUGCUACAGCAGGAGCUGCGGUCCCUGAGGCACAACAUCUUCCUUUUCUACGUCAAGCUCAGGUGGCUGCUGAAGCACUGGCGGCAGGGCAAGCAGAUGGAGGACGGAGGAGAGGACCUCAGGGAGAGUGAACAGCCAGACAAUGUGCCUGGGUUUGCUGAGCUUGGCGUCCAGGGUGGUCACCAGACAGAUGGAACAGACCAAGAGGAUGCUGACCGAGGCUGCGGCCUUCCCAUGGGAGAGCAUGCCCCACACUCCCCGGUACACAUCGGUGAACAUGGAUCACGGCUGCAGACUGCAGAUGGGGGACCACUCAACAGGCAGGUGGGAGAAAACCAGCAGCUGUUCAGGGCCCUCAAGGCUCUGCUGGAGGACUUCCGUUCGGAGCUGCGGGAAGACGAGCAUGCCCGGCUACGCCUACAGAAGCAGUAUGCCAGCGACAAGGCUGCCUGGGAUGUGGAGUGGGCCGUGCUCAAGUGCCGCCUGGAGCAGCUGGAAGAGAAGGCUGAGAAAAGCUUAGGAGAGCUCGACUCCUCUGCUGAGGGCAAAGGGGCCUUGAAGAAGGAGAGAGAGGUCCACCAGAAGCUCCUGGCUGACAGCCACAGCCUGGUCAUGGACCUGCGCUGGCAGAUCCAUCACCGGGAGAAGACCUGGAACCGAGAGAAGGUGGAGCUGCUGGAGCGUCUGGACAGCGAGCGCCAGGAGUGGGGGAGACAGAAGGAGCAGCUGCUGUGGCAGGUGGAGCAGUUGCAGAAAGAGAACAGUCCCCAGAGAAGUGGCAGUUUCCUCUGCAAUCAAAAGGAAGACAACACUCGCCCUUUUCCACACCAAGGAGGCCUCCGUGCGCCCCGACCUGUGUCUAUAUGGCCCUGUGCAGACACUGACUCCAUCCCAUUUGAAGACCGGCCGCUUUCCAAACUGAAGGAGUCGGACAGGUGCUCAGCCAGCGAGAACCUGUACUUGGAUGCUUUGUCCCUGGAUGAUGAGCCUGAGGAUCCGCCACCCCUUAGGAACUGCCUUGCCGAGGAAGAAGAAAGUGGCAAGGGAAAUCUUCAAAGGGCUGUGUCUGUGUCCUGUAUGUCUGAAUUCCAGCGUCUGAUGGACGUCUCCCCAUUCCUGCCUGAGAAGGGCCUGCCAUCUGCCAGCAGCAAAGAGGAUGUCACUCCGCCCCUGUCUCCUGAUGACCUGAAGUACAUCGAGGAGUUCAACAGCAAAAACUGGGACUACACUCCCCCCAGGACUGGGACUGAUAGGCCUCCAGACCUCUGGGCAGAUAGGACCGAGGUGGGGCGGGUAGGACAUGAGGCCACCACAGAGCCUUUCCCUGAUUCCUCCUGGUACCUGACCACAAGUGUCACCAUGACUACGGACACCAUGACCAGCCCGGAGCACUGCCAGAAGCAGCCCCUGCGGAGCCAUGUCCUCACCGAGCAGUCUGGGGUGCAUGUAUUGCACAGCCCACCUGCUAUCCGCCGGGUUGACAGUAUCGUGUCGGGUGGGGAGGGCAGGAGCCGAGUGGACCCUGAGGGCCCCUUCCCCAUGAGCAGAGCAAGAGGGAACCUGGCAGAUGCCAAGGGAGGUCAUCCGGAACCUGUGCUCAACAGGUGGCCUUGUACCCCACCCAGACACCCCAGAGACUAUGUGGAGGGGUCCCUCUGCCCCCUAGACAGGCCUGUCUGCCCCUCCCUGGGGUUCACCUCCCCAUUGCACAGCCUAGAUAUGUCUAAGAACAUGAGUGAUGACAUGAAGGAGGUGGCCUUCUCUGUGAGGAAUGCCAUCUGCUCUGGUUCCACUGAGCCACAAGUCAGGGAUAUGGCCUGCCAGACCAACGGGUCCAGGACAGCAGGGACACAGACCAUCCAGACAAUCAGUGUGGGCCUGCAGACCGAGGCCCUGCGUGCCAGCGGUGUCACCAGCAGCCCCCACAAGUGUCUCACGCCAAAAGCUGGAGGUGGCACUACACCCGUGUCUUCUCCUUCCCGAAGCCUUAGGAACAGACAGGUGGCCCCUGCCAUCGAGAAGGUGCAGGCCAAGUUUGAACGCACCUGCUGCUCUCCAAAGUAUGGUUCUCCCAAGCUUCAGAGAAAGCCCCUUUCAAAAGCUGACCAGCCAAAUAGCAGGACCUCACCAGGCAUGGCCCAGAAAGGGUUCAGUGAGUCGGCCUGGGCCCGCUCCACCACCACCAGGGAGAGCCCUGUGCACACCACCAUCAACGAUGGCCUCUCCAGCCUCUUCAACAUCAUCGACCACAGUCCUGUCGGGGUGCGAGCUGGGAGCCGCUCGCUCUCAGCAGAACCUCGCCAGGAGUUGGGUCCAGGCCAGGAAACAGGCACUAGUUCCCGAGGAAGGUCGCCCAGCCCCCUAGGGGUGGGCUCAGAGACGUGUAGGGAGGAUGGUGGAGAGAGCACACCUGUGAGACAGGACUUAUCUGCACCUCCUGGUUACACGCUCACUGAGAAUGUGGCCCGGAUCCUCAACAAAAAGUUGUUGGAGCAUGCCUUAAAGGAGAAGCUAGCCAGUGCCCACAGCCCCUCAGGUCUCACCAGCGACAGCCACACCGGAGAAGCAGGACCAGCUGAACCAGGAUCCAUGGAGGAACUACCUUGUUCUGCACUCGCGCCAUCCCUUGAGCCCUGCUUCUCCAGGCCAGAGAGACCAGCAAACCGCCGCCUUCCAUCCCGUUGGGCCCCACCUUCCCCCACUGCCUCCCAGUCUCAGUCACCUGGAGACCCCGUGUUGUUGGAGGAACAUGGUGAGGAGGAGCCACCCGAGGAGAAACCACACCCGUGACGUGAUGCAAGCUUGCAUGGAUUAUCACCGGAAUAAUUCACUGUAAUUUUGCAUACCCAGACCAUCACCAUCCACCAACCUCUGCCCCAGAGGAAAGAUGUAGCUUUCUCAAGGUCCAAGGAUGUUUUUUAAAAACAUAUGGCUGCUGAAUGUUCAACCUGGUAAACUGAGAUGUUUCGGGAAUGAAACAGUAAACGUGCCUGUAAUAAUUUUUUCAUAGCUCAGAAAACUAUUUUUGUCUCCAUCUUUUUUACAAACAAUAUAUUAAACAAAAAAAAAGGUAAAUAAGGUAUAAAUAGAUUUAAGAGUUUUAAAAUGUACAUCUUAAGAGAUUCCAGACACCCUUGUUCUCAAUCCUGACUGCCUCUGUUAAAUUUGCACUGUUCCAUUUUGGUUGGGUUUCUCCAUAUUGAGUUCAGAGUGUUCUAAGUUAAAUUUUAUUUUGUCCAGUGGUAAGUUUUUUAGGAGCCUUUUUUAAUGCUUCAGACUGUCCAACUCAGUAAACUCUUUUUAGUGAAAAGGCCUUGAGGCCAGAAGACAAGAGUGUCCAUAACCUGGAAGGAUGCAGAUCAACAUGUCUGAGAAGGUACGGAGCCCCUCAGAUGGACUUAAGACUCACUGUAUGACCCCUAUACUCUGCCUACCGCACGUCCUCAGGCACCUGUACAUACACUGCUCUGUCCCUGCCCGCACCUGCGUGGGCGUCAGUCGGAUCCACUGUAACUCAUUGUGAAGUUCCUCGUACUGUACGGUUCCUGUUGGUCCCCCUGUCCCAAUGAGACAACAGCACCAUUUUUAAAUUAUUGUUCAAACAUUAACUGGCAGUGUACAAAGCUCACUCGACAUUUUCUUGUUUAAGGAAAAGCACUACAGAAAAUCCUGAGGAUGCCAAAUUGAGACAAAUGAUGGUGCCUCAGGGUCUGUCUGAGACCAUGAUGAUAUAUAAAUAAAGCCCUUACAAGGUCUUGUUGUCACA